AUGUCACACGGCAAUUUGAUGCAGGGAUACAACUGGGAAACUCAGUACGACGAUCCGCAGGUGCAAUUCCCUCGUCCCAUUCCGGACGAAGUUAUCAGCGUUUACGAGGUUUACGUGAAAGAAGAAGGCCCGGAAUCGAAGAACAGUGAUGUACCAGGUGUUUCGGGAUUAGGACUUGUCGCCAAUCAUCAAUUGAGCCAAGAGGAGUGCGUGGACCUGGGAGUGGAUUCUAUAGAUUCUGAAGUGAUCAAUAUCGACAGUACCAUCACGAAACUCGUGGGCAAGGACGCGUUAAGGUACAAAAUUUUCGAGCAAAGUGUUAACACGCCGGACAAGAAUGUGGUUGUAUAUUCACAUCCUGUUGCCGAAAGACCUUCGCCUCCGACUACUCGGCUUAUCGACAAGGAUGAUCCGCGAUCCAGGUUGCAUUUUGUAAAAUAUCUGAAACGCGAUGGAAAGACACUCAAGAUCUGGGAAUGCGGUAUUUGUUCGAAAGAGUUUCGCCAUCAGUACACUCUGAUGAGACAUUUGCCGACUCAUACCGACGAGAGAAACUUUAAAUGCGAGGCUUGCGGCAAGGCUUUCCGACAGUUGUCAACAUUGAGUCAACAUAAAGCUAUACACAGCGAUGCCAGGCCCUAUGUGUGCGAAUUUUGCAAGAAAACAUUUAACAGAGUAUCUACGUUAAUCUCUCAUCGAAAAACACACUCGGAACAUAAACCGCACAAGUGUCACGUGUGCGGUAAAGGAUUCCAUCAAAAAGGCAAUUUGCGAAACCAUGUGUUCACGCACACGAAUGAGCGGCCGUACAAGUGCGAGUUGUGCGGUAAAGGCUUCAAUCAAAUGUCGAAUUUGGUCUGUCACAAGGUAAAAGCGCACGCACACGUCGAUAAAAUGCAAUAUUCAUGCGGAGUCUGCGGAAAGGAGUUCCCGCGACGGUUCGCCUUGCGUUCGCACGAGGAGUACAAGCACGGUAUUAAGUAUCGAAGCACGAACAACGCGCAGUCCGCAGUGAACGAGCCAAAUGCUGGGAAAAGCAAGAACGUUAGGAUCAUUCAGUUAUACAAUGGCGAUCGGCGUCAAACAAGUGAGAGCAAAGAGAAAGAUUAUUUCGGUUCGUCGGAUUUGACGGACAGCAUCGUGAUAAACAAAAUCGAUACGAAAGCGAUGGAAAUAGCGUUGCUUCAGGGUCAAACUCCUUUCGCCCUUUACAAACCCGCGAAAGGUAUACCAGUACUUGUUAAAAUUUCGUCUGCUGCGAAUAAUAAGCAUAUACUUACACCUGCGACUGCCGAUGAUUUGCGAAUGGCAGAAAAAAUAACUUUGAAUCCUACCGAGACUUCAGAUGCUGACGGUAAUAAAGCUGUUCAGGUGAAAGUACCAGUGGUUGCUACUGUGAUGCAGAAUAUCGAACCUGAUGGCAGAUCGACCUUCAUCGUCGAGCCUCCUGGUGCGGAACAGGAGCAAGAUGAUCUGGUGACAGCAUUGGAUACGCAGUUCUCUCCUUCCGUGCUCAAUCGCAACGAACCGGACCGGCAAAAUGGCCUGAACUCAACUACGUCGAUAGACGAGUGUAACGAGUUACUGGAACUAGCCGCGCAAGGUGGAAUACAGUUUGUUCGCGCCACGGAGGAUGGUCGUUACGAGGUCAUGACGAACAGCGAGGCUCGCGACUUAAUGGCGCAGAAUUCCCACGACGUAACGAUUCUUGACGGUGAACAGGCGGAUGCCAUCAAUCUCGUGAAUAUACGCAAUAAUAGUGAUGUCAUCAUCGGCGACAACGAUAAUCAGAUCAUGGUGCUGGAAUCCGGCCAAAAGUCCAGUGGUAUGUCAAUGGACGACAUCGAAGUUCUUGAGGAUAAAGAUAUUAGAAUUCUCGAUAGUAAAAGCCUCGACGAUCGUUUCGCGGAUGGCAUGUCAUUUCUUUCCCAGACCAAAAUCGACGAUCUCCUGCUGGGUCCCAAAUCGCUGCCUAUCGAUGGCGAUGGCGCUCUUGCCGGGCACGACGAUGUAAUGACUGUGACAUCGAGUCAACAAGAUCUAACGAGCAUUUUGGGUCAUUCGUCAAAUCUAUCUACCAAUUCGCAAUCCUCGUUAUCAUCUCUAUUCAUGAAGAACCAUACGCCAUUGUCGUUGUUGAGCGAGACACUACCGUACCUAAAGAGCAAUCAGAGCCUCGCAGAAGAUCUAAAUAUUCUUGGUGUCUCCCCCAUGGAAGAUCAUCAUUCGGAAUACGAUCCGAAGAUGAAAUUAUCGUCAGUCUUCGAUGACGAUUGCGAUACUGGAUUAAUGGCUUUUGGUCAAUCAGACAUGAAAAUGCUCGACCCCGGAAGUCAGUGCAUGAAGUCUUUCAGUGACAAAUUUUGUUUGCCACCCCCGAAGCUAUAUCCCGGCCUAAAUGAGGUAAAGAUCUUGGGACCGAAAAAUCACAGUCAUGAGUUUAUGGCUCCACAUUAUCAAGAUACUAGAUUCCUUAGUCCUUACGAACAGUUCCUCAAGAAUACUUCCAUGCAAAAUGUUUGUGUACCUAAUAUCAUCGACGCAUCGGAAGGAUGUAAAAAGGAGGUGAAAAUACUCGGUAAAAGACUCGGUACUGGAAUUAUUACUACGACUGAGGAAGGUGACAUCGUCAAAGUUAUUGAUGACAAACCUAAAUUUGAAAAUACAUUGGAUCUCUGCGAUAACGUUUUGCAACAGUGUACGACCAUGUCGCCUAGACGAUUGCACCGGCAGCCACCGAUAGAAAAUGACGCGGACAACUUUUUGCUUCAAGCUGGCAGUCCCUGUUCGGAUUUUCUGAAUUUCGGUAAUCGCCUCGCCGGUAAAGAUUUGUCGCCCGACGGUCACAUUGAUAGAAGUCAGAAGGAUGAUCGCGGAGAUAGUUUCACGUCCGGAGAAAUGCUGGAUCUGGAUUGA